UAAAGGAAAAUCGCCGCGGCCGGAAUCGAGCCGUGAGAAUGCACCCACGUGUCGGGAGAUGCCACGGAUUCAAGAGUUAGGUCGCCAUGAGGACCAGUCAGUUCACUGACAGUCUAGAGGUGCGUUCUUUUCGUAUGCAGCGGUUUCUUUUUCAUCGGGAUCUUCAUCCUCAUAACAUCGCUGCGGGCAGACAGGUGUCAGAGUAAAGUCAAAUCGAGUGAAGUCAGUCUCCCUUGGACCAUAACCGCCUUCGCUCCUUGAUCUGGCCCGUGUCGUCGCUAUCGACAUCGCCAGCACCACCACCGGAAUCAGAGUGCGGAGUGUCGUUGCACCGAGCGUACCCCCCAACUAUCGCCCGCUCUGGAGUCUGGAUGAAUCGAAAAGUGGUGGGGUGACUGAGGGGGGCAGGGAGUGGUGUCCGAAAUAUUUAUAAUCGGCUCCGUUGUAUGAGGUCAAUCACUGCCCCAUUCCGACAAGCGCAGACCGGGAGGACUUCGUCUCGUUCCUAUAAGGAAACAGUUUCCUGGUCUCACUAGACACUGUUUGACUGCGCGACGUUCUGCCGCUCGUUCUGCAAGCAAGCAUUCACCGAGGCCCGAGCUUUGCCGCUCUAGGCCGCGGGCGCCAGCACCGGUGCUCGUGUCGCAGCGCGUCUCUUCUGCUCGGGCGCUGCUCGAGGCCGAGCGCGCUCUAGGCGUCCAGAGAGUCGUCGCCGCUGUUGCUUCGUGCGCGCAGCGUCUGCGUCGCCAGCUGAUUAGAAGCUCGAAGUUGAUUUCACUUUGCGAGGAACGGUGCCGGGUGACGAUGGCUGAGAGGGAAGGUGCUGUUAUUCGCAAGGGAAACGACGCCCUCGAGUGCGCCAUCAAGCUCUUGGAGGAGGUCGGCCUUCCCGGCGGGCUUCUGCCGCUGAAGAAUGUAAUUGAGAGCGGGCACGUGAAGGAGACCGGGUACGUGUGGAUCACGCAGGAAGAGGAGAUAAACCACGUCUUUAAGCUUGCCAACAAGCAGGUGAAGUACGGCACUGAAAUCAAGGGAUAUCUCGAGAAGAAUCGCCUGCGGGAUCUGCACGGCGUGAAGGCGAAAGAGAUGAUCCUGUGGGCUCCGAUCCAUGACAUCUCUAUUCCUCAAUCUCAACCGGCUAAAAUUGCGUUCAAGAGUAUUGGUGGACUCGGCAAGGUUUUCAAUCAGGAGGUUUUCGCCAAGGGCCAGUGAACAGGUCUGUCAGUAGUGAGCGGGUUAGCCAGUUCGCGAUUCGACGGUAGCAUUCGUUCUCCCUACUUCUUGCACGUAGCUCGCUUCCAGCCAACUUCAAUUUCAGAGGAAACGUCAAUACUGUACUCCUCCUCCUCUGUUGCCCGCUUUAGAAUCCGUUGACGCUGCAGCGGGAGGUUUGGUACGUACGCCAUGAAGACUAAAGUCUUAUUCUGGUGGUUGGAGAAUGUAUGUUCAAAUCACCUUGCAGCGCCAGCAUGUCGUAAUUGAGGUUUGUAUCGAAGGUUAAUGUCACCUGCAGCACGACACGAGUCGCCGAGCAAUUUUAUAACUCUUGCUUCGUCUUGGACCGAAUAGCGUUUUCAACUUGUUAUUGCACGACAAUGGUAGGCUCGGAGUGUGUUUUACACAGAGCAAUUGUUCCUGCACCUCCCGAGGUUACUAAUGGUGUUACUCCUUUGUUCCCAAUUUGGGAUAUAUCUGGUAAUAAAGUGUUCAAGUGACUUUAACUUCUCGA